AUGAAGCCCGGACCAGACGCUGACGACGUAGGAGCCACGGAGUUGUGGUGCAGGGAGCUUUGCUCAACCUUCAGCAAAAUAUGCAAUCAGAGUGAAGAGAUCAAGCUCUAUUUCCGAGCUCCCGAGCCCUCGUGCUCGUACGACUUGAACGAUGGUUUGCAGCGGCAGCGGCAGCAGCGGCAGUGGACUGGACAUGAAUCCCAAGACUCAACAAGACCUGGCAGUGUACUUGCCAAAUCGGUUGAUCUCUAG